AUGGUGGAGGCUGGCGUUCAGGCCGAGCUGGAGAGCUUGAGGGCUCGCCUCGCACAGUCUGAGCUGGACAAGGCAGCCUUGCAGUCGGACGUGGAGAUGCUGUGCCUGCAGACCACAUCCAACACCACAUUCAAUUCCUCAUCUGUCCUGCAAGAAAGAAUCCGGUACACUGACAAGGAGCUGUCUAGCUGCAGGGCAGCCCUGGCCGCCUCCCAGGCCCAGGCCUCCAGCCUGGGGGAGGACCUGCGUGCCCUGAAGGCUGCGCACCGAGACACGGGCGCCCGGCUGCGAGACGCCCUGGACCGGUCCGCCCUACUGGACCGCGAGCUUGCUUUCUAUCAGACCUCCUCCGCCCGGGCCGUGGCGGACCGGGACCGCACCGCCUACGAGGCGGAGGGUCUGCGUGAGCGGACCCUGGCGCUGGAGACCCGGCUGGAAGACGCGGAGGGCCAUGCGGCGACGCAGGGCGCGGCGCGCUUGGCCGCCGAAGAGCGGGAGGCGGUCCUCCGGGCUGAGGUCGCGGCGCAGAAGGUCUCAGCCCUGCUGCGGCUGUCGGAGGCGGAGGGCCUGUUGGCCAGGUACAAGGAGCGGGUGGCGAGCCUGGCGGCGAGCCUGGAAGCGACGAGGCGGGACGCGGCGGCGGGGGCGCCGUCGGGGAACGAUAGCGCGCACUCCUCGCCCAGCAAGCCUGCCACCAGCCCGGCCAAGGGCCGCGCCGUGCCUGGCGGGGGGUGGUGGGGCCGCAGCAACAGCCUCGAGCCCUGA